GUGGCGGAAAGCCAAUUGUUUAAAUCUAAAAAGGGAAAUCAACGAUCGGGUUGCGGGUCGGGCCGUGUUUGUGGCUGGGUCCGCGAACCAAAACAAACGGGCCUGAAGUUUGGGAAUGGGCUGGUCCAAGUUGGGUCAUCCUUGCAAAGCUUUUGAGCGUAGCCCACAAAAUCACCCAACUCAUCUUUUAUUCGCGUGGUUGAAUUCAGCUGUUGAAUCUAGCCGUAAGAAGAACUUCGGUUGUAAGGAAAACUUGCAGGAAAGAAAGAAAGAAAAAAAAAAAAAACGAAAACCUCUCCCAUCUCCGCUCUUCGUGACGAGUGGGAGCGAGGUCACCGCCGAAGUGCGAUUCGCCAUUACUGGCAGGACUGGCCGUCGUGGGCCACCGGAAGCGGCCGUCGACUCCAUGGGGCUAUUUAAGCCCUUCCUGGAGGCUCUCGAUGGCUGGGCUUCUCAUUCACUUUCCGGUUUUCUCCUUACUCUAAACCUCUGUGUUGUCAAUUCCGAUUCGGCGCUACCCAGAUCCAUGGCUGCGGGGAAUGUGUUGUUGUUCGGCGAUGAAGAUGUAGCCCCCGGGGCGGAGAGGAAUGAUCUUUCACUACUGGGCAGAAUUAUUGGCCCAUCCCCCCCGCUCCGCCAUCUGCUUACAACCCUAAGGGGUCUUUGGGGCUGCGACGGGCCGAUCUCUGUUCUCCCUGCGGCUGAAGGGCUACUGCAAAUUGUUUUCCCUAAUGAGGGUGAUUUGAACAGGGUUUUGAAGAUGGGGCCAUGGAUCCUGCCGAAGUUCAUGAUCAAUCUGGCACCAUGGGUGGCAAUCACCUCAGAUGUGGCCGAACAAAUGUGGAGGGUUCCCCUUUAUCUGCAAUUCUGGGAUGUACCCACGGCCUGCUGCUCGCAAAGAAUGGCCACACUACUCGGCGGUUAACUGGGAAAAACUGACCCGGGUGCUGUACAUCGAACUGCGGACACGGCUGAGAUCUAUCUGCGGGCUCGUGUCUGGCUCGAUUCUCGACUCCCUUUGCCCGUCUCUGUUUCGGCGUCCCAUGAAAGGGCAGGACAAGGUGAGUUCACUGCUUCAGUCAAGUUUGAGAAACUCUCCCAAUUCUGCUACCUUUGUGGCAUCCUUGGUCAUAUUGGCCAGAAGUGUUCUCGCCGUGAAGAACUCGCUGGCACAACCACUCCAUACAACCGACGCCUUGUCUCCAAAAAGUCUGGUCCAAAGGUGAAUGAGAGGAACCUGCUUGGCCGUCGUCAUAUGACAUGGGUUCGCAAAGAGAGGGAGUCAGUUCCCCAAUUAGGACAGGGCACAUCCAGCCUUGUCCCUGCUGCAAACCUGGGGUCUUCCUCUGCUGUUGGUGCAAUCCCCGUCGCACCAAGUCUGACCCGUGGCAAGCAACUUACGAAUGACCCGGUGCUGUACAUCCCUGAAGCCAAGAAGCAGAAAAUUGAGUUCGGCCCUCUCGGACAGGAUAUCAACAAUACUGAUGUGGUGGUGGCAACCAGCCCAGACUGGUCACAUGGGGAUAGAUGAGCAUCAUUGCCUGGAAUUGUCGGGGUUUGGGCUCUACCCUGACAAUUCCCUCGCUCUUUGGAGCCAUUUGUCGUUUCUCGCCUUCAAUUAUAUGUUUAAGUGAAACGAAGCGGGAUGAUGACUUUGUACAUAAGAAGCUGAAUCGAUUAGGCUAUGUCGUCAUUAGUUGUGUGUCUCCUAUAGGAAGGGCCGGCGGUCUAGCUUUGGCAAGUGCCCCAUCCAUUCACUGUAGUGUCAUAGGAUCAGAUGCAUUCUUCAUUCAUGUAGAGAUUCAGCAUCAAGUUUGGGGUAGUGUUGCUAUCUUCUUUGUCCAUCUGCACUAUGAUGUAAAUAUUCGCAUUUCCCAGUUUAAUGAAUUAAUCAAUUUGCU